GAGAACCUGCUACUGGUUUCCCAUCCGCGCGCGCACACACAAACACGGUCACACCGCAGAAACAGCAGCAGGCAAAAAAAACUAACUCUCCUCCCCGAGGUUCUCACACACACACACACACACACGACAACCGUGAAGGAAAGUGGAGUCGACGCGAUGUCAAACGCGAAAUGCCACCGUUGACCGUGAGAGGAGCGCGAGCAACGCGGAAGAGGUUUGCUGCUGCGGGGAGAAGUAGCUGAACUGUGACAGCAGCUGGGGACGCAGACGCGACACCGCCGGGACCCGCGGUCCGCACGUGGACGGGACAGCGUCGCUGGGAGGGAGAGACACGUCGUGAAGAGUGAAUCUCGUCCUCUCCACUUGAGCUUUUUGCCACCUGUUCACUCCUGCUGACUUCAGAGAUGAGUGCCAAGUCCGCCAUCAACAAGGAGGUCUUCAUACCGCACGAUGAGAAGAUGCUUGCUGCUGUGCAGGUGAAGCGCAGGACCAAGAAGAAGAUCCCCUUCCUGGCCACUGGUGGUCAGGGCGACUACAUGACCUUCAUCUGCCUCUCAGUGACAAAUAAGAAACCCUCCUUCUUAUCCAUCACCAAGGUGAAGCAGUUUCAAGGAUCCUCUGCAUUCAUAAAAAGGUCACAGUGGACAAUUGACCAGCUACGGCAGGUCAACGGCAUAGACCCCAACAAAGACGUUCCAGAGUUUGACCUGAUGUUUGAAAAUGCUUUCGACCAGUGGGUUGCUGGUUCAGCAGGAGAGAAGUGCACCUUUAUCCAGAUUCUUCACCACACCUGCCAGCGCUACAGCUCAGCACAGAAACCAGAGUUCAUCAACUGUCAGUCCAAACUGCUGGGGGGUAACAGUAUACUGCACUCGGCUGCAGACAGUGUGACGAGUGCUGUACAGAAAGCCAGCCAGGCCCUGAAUGAGCGCGGUGAGCGAUUAGGUCGGACUGAGGAGAGGACUGCGGACAUGAUGAACAGUGCUGAACAGUUUGCUGUCACUGCACACAAGCUUGCCAUGAAGCACAAGUGUUAGACCACUGCCAAAACCAACUAGGCUGGGGAGGGGUUCACCAAUCGCCCAGGCGCUGUACAGAAGAAGGAUUCCAGAUUUGAUUCUUUUUAGAAAUUACAAUAUGUUAACAAUGUUAACAUUUUUAUGUUUUGGGGUAAGAGGUUUACAAUGCUACGUCAGACUGUCAGUAAAAUGAUGAAUGGUUUUGUUUGCCCAAAAAGUUGAAAGCUUCAGUCACUCGAAACAACCCCUUCCCCAGUUCAUGUGCUCAGAUACUAAUGUGAGUGUACAUAUGGAGACGAGUCAUCAACAAUCACUCCACGACGAGGGUUCAUCUCACAGAUUAUCAUUUGUUAAGAGUUAUUUAUGAGCACUGCAGGGAUUAUUAGUGUGUGAGGGGGGGGGGGGGGGGGGGGGGGGGGGGGGGUCGCAGGUGUUGUUUAGGAUUGUGUGGUGUUACCACUCAAAUAUAUAGCACAUACAUACUGUACCAGACCAUAGCCGAGAUUUUCUUAUCUGAUGCGUAGAUUGUAACCAGUUACAUAUUCUGGCAACACAUUUAGGAAAGGGGCAUGCCUGUGGAGAAGAGUCUGUCAAUAAAUCCAAAAGUAUCCAUUUUCAACUUAAUGUAUAAUGGUUGUCAUUUGGCUCUUGGACACAGUCUGAUUUUCUGUCCACGAUUUCAAAUUUUAUCAAAAAAGUAUUUAGUCAAAAUGUUUUCAAGAUGAUCCCACACUGCAGCUGAUGCCGUCCAGGCGACUUGGUGCCGUGAUAUUUAAAAACAGUGAACUAUGUAGGCCUCUAACUUGUCUGCCAUUCAAAGCGACCAAAAUUACAUGGAAUACAGUUGCCAAAUGUUCUUGGAAGUGCACUUGAACUAAUUUUAAGAUUAAGCUUUUUCAUUACAAUAAUUUAUGUCAAAGGGAGGAAUUCAGUAAACCAGCGUCUGCAUUGUAAAAAGCAAACGGUGUAAUUCUUCUAGUACUAUAGUGUCAGUGUCUGUAGAGCUAACAUGUCCCAUGAACUCGGGAUGUUUUGAAGUUACUCCUGGCUGUAUUUGAACUUUAAACAUUCAGUUGUCAUCCCCUUGUGCUUUUUGUAUAAUUUGGAUUGUCAUAUUCAGAAUAAUGAUGUGUGUACUGAUAGAUAAAGGACAAAAAUAGCAGCAGCGUUAUAUAAUUGUUUAUAUUUUGUGCCGGCGUCACACUGCCUGUAUCUUUGGCUUUUUCACUGGCAAGAUUUCACCCUCGCAAUUACAAUGUAGUUGAUAUUAGUAGUUCAUUCUUUUUUUAUAUUUUGAAUUUUAUAAUUCACGAUGUUAAAAUACACCGACAACUUUAUCUUGCAGAGCAAUGCUAAGUUCAUAAUGAAAUGUUCCAGUUGCCUAACUCUUAAUGUGCUUUUAUUCCUCUUGCUAACACUUUGGAUGUUUAUUGUUUUAAUAAAAAAUAUACGAAAAAUGUA